AUGGUGCAGAACAGUCCUUAUCUGCGCUCAGCAAUAGGAUUCUUAGCACACACACACACAAAAAGAAAAGCAAAGCACGUAGAAAAAUGGCUAGAAAAAAGAAGAAGAUAUAUAUAUAAAAUAAGAAAGCAGGCUCAGAGAGAGCUCAACCUCCACCCUGAUCCCAAAACCUCGAGGUUGGGGAUGAUGCCCGGCGCACGCAUGGGGCGUUAUCCCGACAGGGCGUUGCGUUCGGGGAAAUAUUUAACCACGUCGGCGUCACCGUGUGGGGCAGGCAGUGCAGGCAUGGAGGGCAGUGAGUGCCUACAGCUGCUGCUUCGCCGCUGCCGUGAGGCCAAAGAUUGUGCUUACUGCCCCUACAGCCGCUUCCCCGUGGGCGCCGCGCUGCUCACCGCCAGCGGGGAGAUCUUCUCCGGGUGCAACGUGGAGAAUGCCUGCUACAGCCUCGGGGUGUGUGCUGAGCGCACCGCCAUCCAGAAAGCCAUCUCCGAGGGGCACACAAGAUUCAGGGCCAUGGCCAUCGCCAGCGACAUGGAGGACUUCAUCACGCCUUGCGGAGCCUGCAGACAGGUGAUGAGAGAGUUUGGCACAGACUGGGACCUCUACCUGACCAAACCUGAUGGCACCUACAUUGUGAAGACACUACAGGAGCUGCUGCCACUCUCCUUCGGCCCUGAGGACCUGCAGAAGGCAUGAACUGCACACCUGCAUUUCCCUUUCAGCGCUGGGGGUGAUGGAUUAUUCCCCCAACUUUCCCUUUAUGCACGUGGCUCCACGGGAACAAUGCCACGUGAAAGGGUUUGCUGAGUGGAUGUUGCUUGGAUCCAAGGCUGCAAAACUGGGGACAAAAAGCAAUUUCAGCUCAAAGUCCCCAACAUUAUCCAUCAGCCAUUUGUGUACGGGCAGCUCGGUGUUCAGUGGGCUGUCACUGUGGUGCCACUGCUCCUUUUUGCCUAUUUUUCUCCUUUUUUGCUCCUGUGUGGACGAAGAGGAAUUCUGGUGGUGUUCA